GUCGAUAGUCGUCAAGCCACGUGACCAGUGGAGUUUGUAGAUAAUUGUGUUGUAUCAGUAGUCCAGUCCUGUCCAUUCUGUGACAUCAUCUUGUCAAGAACACCCAUUAAAUAUAGCUGAGUAGUAAGGAAUGGAUUAUAUUUUCUUGUGGCUUGGUACAUUCGUACUGGGGUUUUGGAUAUUUAAGAAGAUAAGCCAAUGGAAAAAUCUACCACCUGGGCCCUGGGGACUUCCGAUCGUCGGAUAUUUGCCUUUCUUAGACCGUAAACAACCACAUUUAACUCUUACUAAUCUGGCUAAGCAGUAUGGGUCAGUGUAUGGAAUACAAAUGGGCAACGUCUAUGCCGUUGUCAUUUCUGAUCAUAAAUUAAUAAGAGAAGCCUUUUCCAAAGAUGUGUUCUCUGGCCGCGCGCCAUUAUAUUUAACGCAUGGGAUUAUGAAAGGAAACGGAAUUAUUUGUGCUGAAGGACCUCUUUGGAAGGAUCAAAGGAAACUGAUAACAACUUGGCUUAAGAGUUUUGGAAUGAGCAAACACAGUAUGGCUCGUGACAAACUGGAAUCGCGAAUUGCAUCUGGAGUUCAUGAUUUAAUACAAAAUGUCAAAGAAACUUCUGGAUCCACGGUUGAUCUAUCUAAUAUGAUCACACAUUCGCUUGGGAACGUUAUCAAUGAUAUUAUAUUUGGAUUUAAAUUCCCGGUAGAAGAUAAAACUUGGUGCUGGUUUAGAAAAAUACAAGAAGAAGGAUGUCACGAAAUGGGCGUGGCUGGUGUUGUUAACUUUUUGCCAUUUGUUCGGUUAAUAUAUCCAUCUGUUCAGAAAACUAUUGAAGUAUUAGUUCGUGGUCAAGCGCAAACGCACAGACUCUAUGCUAGUAUCAUAUCCAGGCGCCGACAAAUGCUAGGCUUGGAGAUGCCUAAAAAAGCUGAAUAUGCAGUACAUGCUGAUUUAUUUAACGAACAUCCCGAGGGUUUUAUCAAAUGUGUCAAAUACAGUAAACAUGCGUCUAAUACUGAGACUCACUAUUUUGACCCAAAAGUGCUUAUAGCUUCUGAGGAGGAAUGCAUUUUAGAUAACUUUUUGGUAGAACAAAAGGGAAGGUAUGAAAAGGGCGAUGAAAGUGCAAUUUUUAUGACUGACGAACAGCUGCAUUAUCUUUUAGCUGAUAUGUUUGGAGCUGGUCUUGAUACAACUUCAACCACGCUUACGUGGUAUUUAUUAUAUAUGGCAUUGUAUCAAGAUGAACAAGAUUGCGUUCGCAAAGAAAUUUUCUCAGUAUAUCCGGAAGAAUGUCAGGUGGAUUGCUCGAAAUUACCUUAUCUUAUGGCUACAAUUUGCGAAAUCCAACGCAUACGAUCCAUUGUACCCGUGGGUAUUCCUCAUGGAUGCUUACAAGACACAUAUUUAGGAAAUUAUCGAAUUCCAAAAGGUGCAAUGGUGGUUCCACUUCAGUGGGCUAUUCAUAUGGACCCUAAUGUUUGGGAUAAUCCAAAUGAUUUUAAGCCGAGCCGAUGGAUUGAUGUUGAUGGAAAUUUACUGAAGCCUCCAGAAUUUAUACCUUUUCAAACUGGUAAAAGAAUGUGUCCUGGGGAUGAACUCUCUCGUAUGCUAUCUGCUGGAUUGAUAGCGCGCCUCUUGCGUUCAUUUCGUAUCAAACUAGCCUCUGAUCCUCCGACGGAUGAAGAAAUGCAAGGAACUGUUGGUGUCACUCUAUCAGCUCCCCAUACCUUAUUCGUUUGUGAAGCCAUUUGAAAGUUCCUAAUAUUAUAUAGAUUUUAUAAUAUUGCCAUAUUUCCAUUAUUUGUAGUUAGUAAAAAUAUUGUAAUGGCAC